CACAUGACAUAAGAAAAUACAAUACAAGAAGCUGCCUCUCUUUUUGCUGGUUAUGAGUUGUCUAUUUCUCUGCAAAAUCUCAAAUUGGUGGCUUUAUUGUCUUGUAGUUUAUGUUCCCACGUCCUUAAAAGAAGCUAUUGCCCAACUUCUAUUUCACUCACCUCUAUCAAUAGUCAACUAAACUCAGUAUCUUUGUCUGUAUUUCAGAUCACAACCCUCCAACCCUAAUCAGACAAUCUCAACUUUGACUUUCACUUGUAUCAAUCUUCUCUUUUACCAUUCAUUUUGAAACUAUUCUCUUCUUCUUUUAUUAAUCAGGUUUAAAAACAUUGCUUGGAUUUUUCACUUUGUCCUAAUUGUUUUGGACUUAUUAUAGCCAACUACUCUACUAUACCCAUAAUCAUCACAAACACUAUUUAUCUCCAAAAUUACCCUUUAAAAAUUUAUAUAAUUACGUAGCCAAAAUUGGGACAAAAAAUUUAUAUGUUUAAAGGUAUUAAGUGGCAACAGCACACUUUAUAGAAAAGCACAAAACAAAACCCUAUAUGUGCAUAUGUGUAUCUCAGUAGAUCAACUCAAAGAAAUAAAAAUUUCAUUACAAUAAUCAACUAUUCUAACUUAAUUACUUCUUGUCUGCUCGCCAACCCAUACGUUGAACAGUGUCAGCUUUUGCUCAUCUCUCUCUCUUAACUGCACAAAAAUCCGGGCACGAUCAAAUGCUAACAAAAACUAAUAUUCAAUCUCUUCAUAAUCCCUAAAAUCAAAGCAGAUUGUAAUAAACAAAGUUCUGAUUCUGUAAUCCUUAGAUAAGUGCUCAAGGCAAAAAAUUUAUUAAAAAAAUGGUAGAAAAAUAAGGAUAUUGCCAUGUAUUCUAUUAUAUAUAUGCACACGGUUUCUUAUCUUUUGAUCAGUUAGAAGCUCAGAGAUAAAGUUCAGAGACUUCUACAAAGCAUUUUUCAAGCUGAGAGAUACUAUGGAAGAGAGAAUGUCAGGCUUUUGCAUCACAAAAGCGAGAAAUAUUUCGAGUAAUGGUAGCGGUGACAGUAAUAGUGGUAAUAAAUGUGGACGUUGGAAUCCUACGUCUGAACAAGUUAAAGUUCUGACUGACUUGUUCAGGUCCGGACUCCGAACUCCGAGCACUGACCAGAUUCAGAAGAUCUCUUCUCAGCUUAGUUUCUAUGGAAAGAUCGAAAGCAAGAAUGUAUUUUACUGGUUUCAAAACCAUAAAGCUAGGGAACGGCAGAAGCGGCGGAGGGUUUUUGUCGACGAUGAAGACAUGAUGAUUCGUCGAGAAGACAAUCUUUCAACGUCUGCAAGAUAUUUUUCUGAGAUAAAUCAAGUUAAUGAGCAAGAACGAGUGAUCGAAACUCUAGAACUGUUCCCAUUAAACUCAUUCAGGGAAGGAGAAUCAGACAAGCUUAGAUUUCAAUCAAAUGAAUGCAAGGAACCCACGCCAUUUUCUUACACAUUUGGAACAGAAAUGGAUCAUCCACCAUUGGAUCUGCGAUUAAGCUUCCUGUAAAACGAUUUUUGCUAGGGUUUAGCAUGAAGGGUAGGGAUUAACAGAGACUGUAAGAUCAAAAAUGGUGGCUAAAAAUCUUUUUAAUUAGCAGUAAUUGUUUUUAAAUAUUAGAAAUGCUUCAACAUUCUCCUCUGCAUGCUCAUAAAGACAUUGUU